AUGUCGUCUCUCCGCGCCUCGUCCCUGUACAAUGUCGACGGCCUCGUUGCUCUCAUAACCGGUGGCGGCACCGGUAUUGGGAUCAUGAUGGCGAAAGCGCUCGUUGAGAAUGGCGCCGCCAAGAUCUACAUCGCCGCUCGUCGCCUGGAGCCGCUUCAGGCCGCAGCCAAGGAGAUGGGCCCCCAGGUGGUCCCUAUCCGCUGUGAUGUUACCGACAAGGACGACUUGAUGCAGGCGGUGCAGACGGUAAAGUCCCAGGUGGGCUAUUUGAACCUCCUCAUUUGCAACUCUGGCACCACUGGCGUAGGAGACUCCCUACUCCAAAGGGGCAAGCCUCCGUCCCCCGAAGAAUUCUUCGCCAAACAUUGGGCCUUUGACGUCCAGGACUACCUCCACCCUUUCGGCGUCAACGUCGCCGGCGUGUGGUACACAAGCGUGGCCUUUUUGCCGCUGCUUCACGCGGGAAACAAAAAGGGCAACGUGUCGCAGAGCUCUCAAAUCAUCGUUAUUAGCUCCACGGCCGGCUUGAGCAAGUGUGGCGAGGCAGGCUUCGCCUACGGACAGUCCAAAGCCGCCAGUAUACACCUAGCCAAACAGCUUUCGACGUUGCUACCACAGUGGGGGAUGCGCGCGAAUUGCAUUACUCCGGGCUUUUUUCCGAGCGAUUUGGUUGAACCAUCAUUGAAGCAGCUCAAAAACGCUGAUGGAAAGUUGGGAAAGCUAGGGAAAGCGUUUCCUUUGCGAAGACUGGGAAAUGAAGAAGACAUGGGUGGCACAAUACUGUAUCUCGCUUCCAAAGCAGGCGCCUAUACGAAUGGCACGAUUAUGCUUGUUGAUGGUGCGGUCAUGCAUAGUAUGCCAUCGGUUCUCUAG